AUGGGCUGUUCUGGCAGAGUCAAGGCGGGUGAUAUCAGGCCCGAGCAGAAAUGGGACUUUAUCAGUCUCAACGAUUUCCAUUCCACGUCUUGCUUCGAGUUCCUCGCCUACGGAUAUCUUUGGGUGAGUCUCCUCAUCUCCCUGGCGGUAUAUGGCGUCGACACCUUCACCGCCGUCAAUCUCCUCGCUUUCGACAAAUGGUCCUCUUCCGUCCAACCCGUCGUCGACUUCAAAGUACAAAAGUGGGUCUUCGCGGGAUGUAUCAUUGCGUCCUGGGUCAAUCUGGGCUUCGAACACGUGCGAGCGAUGCACGUGAUGAAGCGCGGCGCAGUCGCCGAGAACUAUUUGGACUCGCUGGCUGUUCGGCUGCAGUGUAUUCGACUGGGCAAGGGACGCGGCUGGAGACGCUUCUUGGUCUUCUCGGAAUUGACCAAGUCCAAGAAGGGCGCGGAAUAUGUGGCCUUGUUCACCUUCUUCAGCUUCCAGACUUGGAUUCGAAUCAUCUUCUGCCAAGGUCCUCGCCAAGUCCUCAACGCCUUGACCCUCUGGGCCGUCGUCAAGUCCUUCGACUCGACUGCUGGCAAUGCCGGCUCAACCAUCCUCAAGUUCUUUGAGAACGUGGAGAAGCUUGCCGACGAGAACCACCUCCAAGCAGUCGUCUACUCUGGCAUGCUUUUUACCCUGGUCAUUUGGGCCUUUGGAGCCCUCUGCCUCCUCUUGUCGGCACUCUUCUACAUUCUUUUCCUGUGGCACUACAUCCCGAAUGCGGAUGGUGGGCUCUCUGGAUACUGCGAACGCAAGGUCAACCGACGAUUGGCCAGCAUCGUCAGUGUCAAAGUGAACAAAGCUUUGGAAAAAGAAGAUCGGAAACUUCAGAAACUGGACGCCGAAGCCGCCAAGAAGGGAGAGAUGGGCCGCCGCCAAGCGACUCUGCCGACCCUCUUGGACCACAAGAGCAGCGACGGCUUUCCGGCGAUGCCAACCCUGUACCGACAAGAUACCGCAACCACCCUUCCGGUCUACGCGAGCCGACCCGGGACUCCAGCCAGCCAGCCGCCGUUCCCUGAUUUGGCAGCGGGUCGAUUCGACCAGAUGCGACCCACUCCUUCACGCAUGGGCACCCAUUCAUCAUCUGGGUCAAACGCACCACUGAUGAGCCAUGCUUCCGAUAUGGGCUACGCUCGGUCUGGCUCACCAGCGCCUUCGCUGCCUCCCUUGGACGCCGCGGGAUACCCAGCACCGCCACAACGAAGCAUGACAGCCAAUUCGAAUGCCAGCCACUGGAAUCGUGGUCCGCCCGGUUCACCAAGAAUGCCCAGCGCGAUGGGGGCUAGAGGAUACGCUGCUAGUCCCGUGUCGUACGAGAACACCUCGGCCGUGGGGAACGGCCCACGAAUGGAUGCCUACGGCCGACCCUUGCCACGAGCAAUCGAUAAUCUAAGAUCCCAAACACCUUUAGGUCCCGCACCAAGCAUGGGCCGUCGCUCCCCCUUUGAUCAAGGUUCCAUCCACGGCUCCCAGGGACCUCAGGACUCUCUCGGUGGCUUCGCCCCUCCCAACUCCGCACCAUACCAAUCCUACGAUUCUAGCGUGCGGAGCGCAUCGCCUGGUCCUGGAACCCCUAGCUACCCGGGUAACAACCAGCAACAGCCGUAUCGCACCGCAAGCCCUGGGCCUGGAGCACCGAACUACCCCAACCGCCAGCCUCAACCAUAUUACAACGUGACUGACGGUCGGAGCGCAUCGCCUGGUCCGGGAACCCCCAGUUACCCGGGACACAACCCGCAGCAGCCGUAUCGCACCGCAUCUCCUGCCCCUGGUGCACCCAACUACCCAGGCAGAAACAUGCAAUAA